UCACAUUUUGUUAUAGGCACCGAUAUCGAAAUGUGUGAUUCCGCCGGUGAUAUUUUAAAACCACGAGUUGCGGUUCUAGGAGGUUGCGGUUUUAUUGGCCGGAACCUCGUGGAUUAUCUCAUAACCAACGAUCUGGUGAGCGGGGUCCGUGUGGUGGAUAAGACUCCUCCUCAAUUGGCUUUCCUGAAUCCUGCCCAUACUAAAGUAUUUGAAGACCCCCGCGUAGAAUAUAAGAGUGCCAACCUAAUAAAUCCUACAUCAUGCGCCGCCGCACUAGACACCGGCACCGCCGAGCCGUGGGGCCUGGUGGUGAACUGCGCAGGGGAGACCAGGGUGGGCCAGUCGGAGGCCGUGUACUCGGAGGGUAUCUACACCUUGAGCUGCAACGUGGCCAGGGAAUGCGCCAAACAAAAAAUUGCCAGGCUCGUCGAAAUAUCCAGUGGAUAUAUGAGCAGUAAGGAUAAGCCACACAAGGAAACUGACCCAGUUAAUCCAUGGACGAUAGAAGCCAUAAUGAAAGCGAAGGUGGAACAAGAGCUGAAGAAAUUGGAGCCAGAAUUAAACUACACCAUACUGCGGCCGGCGAUCGUAUACGGCAUCGGUGACAGGAGAAGCCUGACGCCGCGGCUGCUGUACGGCGCCAUCUACAAGCACCUGGGUGAAACUAUGAAGCUGCUGUGGACGUCGGAGCUGCGCAUGCACACGGUGCACGUGCGGGACGUGUGCCGCGCCGCGUGGACGCUGGGCCGCUCGCCGGCCGCCGCGCGCCGCGUCUACAACCUGGUCGACACCGCCGACAGCACGCAGGGCAGCCUCGCGGACAUCGUCGCCGACAUAUUCAAGAUCAACCACGACUAUUAUGGAACGGCCAUAUCCACUUUGGCCAAGACGGACAUAGCGUCGGUGGCGGAGGAGGCGAACGACAAGCACCUGACUGCGUGGGCGGACAUUUGCCGGCAGUACGGGCUGCAGCACACGCCGCUGGAGCCGAGCGCGGCCGCCGACUCGCUCUCCAACCGCCACCUCUGCCUCGACGGCAGCCGCCUGCACGAAAUCUUACCACCCACAGUGCCCGCGCCCACUGUUCACCUUCUACGGCAGGUCCUAGAGGAUUAUGCAUCUAUGAAUCUAUUCCCAAAUGAACUUCUUCUAUGACCAACUCCAUAAAUAUUCUCCCACACAGAAUAUUUAAACAUUGUGACGCAAUAUUUUUUUUUUUUACUUUUUUUUACCGCUUCAUUUCUGAAAUAAAUAAGUCAAAACACAUUCCAUGUCUAAAACAUUGAAGACAUUUUGUGAAGAUAUCUAGUUUUAUAAUGGAAAAUUUAAUUUCACAAUAUCUAUUGCCUCGAUGUAGACAAUAAAGAUAUUUUGAUGGUAAAUUAUUUAAAAAAUAAGGAUGGAGUCAUUAAUUAUUAAGUCGUAGCACAUACAGGAUACCUAUGAUUAUCUUUUAGGGGGUACGUGCCCCAUUUAUCCAUUGCAUACCCAUAUUUUUGGUUUAUAAAACAAAAUAUGUUUUCAUUGUAUUAUUAAAAGUUAUUCUUGUAAGGUUUAUAAUUAUCAAUAAUUAUAAACGUGUGAUUAACAACGAAAUUAUAAUGUCUAUUGAUUUUACACUUAUUGGUGUUGUCUGUGAUAACUUUUACAAGUGAGAUAAACUAAAGGGGAUACAAUAAAAUACCGCCGUUUUUUGGUCACAUAUUUUUCUAUGGACUUGUAAAUUGAAGUGUUGAUAGAGCUUUUCGGCAAACAAUAAAAUUUAUAUUUAUAAGGAAUCGAAGACUGUGAAUACCAAAAAGCAAUAUUAGAGAUUUGCUUUUUUUUUUCUUUGACUAAAUUUUCUAACUAUUCGAUUAGUCUACGCCUCAUUUUGUAACUGCAUUCACUUAUUCCCUCCAUCCCGAUGUCUUUGGUAUUCUUUUAUAAUUUUCUUAUAAGAAAUUUUAAACUAUAUCUAAGAGUACUUAAUUAUUAUAAAUCUUCGAUUUUGUUAUUCUAAAUUUAAGUGAAACGUAUUCAAAUGUCUUAAUAUGCUCAUUUAUACAUUAACCAUCUGCUUCCAUUCGUCUAAUCAUGUAUUGAAAUUGCGAAACUAAGUUUCUUACUUAAGUAUUAUAUUAAGAGUGCUUAGAAUAUAAAAAUAAUAUACGUAAAACUGCAUAGUUAUCAGCAUAUUACAAUGAUAUUAUGUAGUUAACACAGGGCGAAAUAUCAAUUAGUUUGAAUAUUGUAAACGAAAUUAGGUCGCUUCAUUCGUCAAUAGUAACCCACUUAUUGAUAACUCAUUUAAACGAGCAAUAAUAAUACUUUUACGGAUAAUUAUAUUAAAAUUAAUGGAUAUAGUUUUGUAGUCUGUAUUUUUAGAAAUUUAUGCUCAAUAUUGUUUGAAAUGUGUGAAGGAAAUAGUCAUACAAAUUAUUUUUCAAUUGUUCCUGUGUAUGUGCGCAUUGUAUUGUUUAUGCUUAGAUAGCUAUUCAAAUUCAUACCGUUCCAAGUAUGUAUACAGUACAGUGGCUACGCUCCUGUAUACGUUUUAAUAAAAAGUUUAUUUGUAA